AUGUACGUGAGCGGCGGCGGAGGUCCUGUGCGGAAGUCUUUCAAGGACUCGCUCAAAGUUCUUGAGGCCGAUAUUCAGCAUGCGAACACUCUGGCAUCCGAGUUUUCCCAAGAGUACGAUGGGGCUUGCCUGCAAAUGAGGAUAUCAUACAGCCCGGCUGCUCAUUUUUUCCUCUUUCUUGUUCAGUGGACUGAUUGCCACCUUGCAGGUGCUCUUGGGCUGUUAAGAAUUCUAAUUUAUAAGGUAUACGUUGAUGGCACCACAACUAUGUCGACUCAUGAGAGAAAAGCCAGCAUUCGAGAAUUCUAUGCUGUUAUUUAUCCAUCUCUAAUGCAACUCGAAAGAGGUGUAACGGAUAGUGAGGAUAAAAAGCAGAAAGCUUUAUGCCUCGAGAGGUACAGGAGAAGGGAUGAAGAAGAACACAGGCAAUGCUCGGAGCUAGAUAUCGAGAGGGAAGAAGAAUGUGGGAUUUGCAUGGAGAUGAACAGCAAGGCAGUCCUGCCAAACUGUAACCAUGCCAUGUGCUUAAAAUGCUAUAGAGAAUGGUAA